AUGAUGAAGAGGAACGUCGAGUAUAAAGGUUUGGACUGUGCAGCAGACACAAUGGACCCAAUAUACAUGCAAUAUAAAAUGUUGCUGCAACAGCAAAUACCAUGGGCAUCACAAACCAAGUAUGCAAAGUACACCGUUUAUUUCGGGGUUGUGAUUAUCUUCAUUGCUUUGCUAAAGCACUUGUAUUAUUGUGUUAGGGACAAAACUUUCAAACCCAAGUCGAAUACAAAUACUGCCGUUUCACUUGUUGAUGUUCUCAUCUCAUACUGCCGGUUUGUUGGAUAUAAACAAACACCGAUGCAACUUCAAUACUUUUGCUCAUUUCCUAAAUCAGUAGGGGCAGCGCUCUUUAUGCUGUUGUCUACAUUAUACUUGGCAUGUUAUUGUUUUGUCCCACAUUAUUGGUACCGGCCGUGCAUUGGAUUUGGAUCACCACCAUUGGCAAUUAGAGCGGGUUUGAUGGCCACUGCAUUGAUGCCAUUCAUUUACAUUCUUUCAGGUAAAUCAAACAUUAUUACUUUACUUACGGGAAUAAGUUACGAGAAGCUAAACACAUAUCAUCAGUAUUUUGGAGUUGCUGCAUUUGUGCUUAGUAUUGUCCACACAGUACCUUUUAUCUAUCAAUUUUUGCAAGAAAGUGGAGCCGCAUAUAUGCAUGAUCGAUUCAUGUCCAAGCAAAUCUACAUAAGUGCAAUUCCGUCAUUAAUCUUGUUGGGACUAUUGUGUACAUUGUCCAAGGCAUGGUUCCGCAAACAUUGCUAUGAAGCAUUUCUACAUUAG